AUGCUUUCGCUGGCAGCCCUCGCCGCGAUCGCGACUCGGGCGCUGGACAGCUCGAGCCAGGCGUCGAUUGUCGCGGCGGCCAGGCGGUCGCGAGUCCGAGAGCGGCAGAGCUCGCAGCGGCUGCGGGAGGCGGCGAGCGUGCCCAGUGGCCAGCUGGCAGGCAUCGUCCCAGAUGACGUCUUUCGAGACACCGCCAUCCGCGAGGGGCUCGCCAGUAAUCUGCAGGAGAUGGAGCGGCGGCGGGCAGAGGAACAGGCCAUCUGGGCGGCAUCCGAGCAUGACGCCGCCUUCGCCGCCGCCCGAGCCGCCCUAUCCCGGCAGUCGUGGCCGCUCUCGGCGCGGCAGUGUGGCCCGCUCGCGGUCGAGGCUGUCCGCGCGGCGACCGCCGAGUGCGCACCUCUCCCACUCUCCACCGUGUCGUGGUGGGCCUUUUACACGGAGCCUCUUCCCGGAACCUUCUUGGAACAUUACCACGAGGCCGUGGCAACGAUCGAGGCCGUCUCUCUCUUGCGCGGCGGCGGCGUGCGAGCCUCUGCUUGCGCGAGCGGGCCUGUCUCCGCCGGCGCCGCGCCUCUUCGCCCCCUCCCGCUCGGCGACCUGCUCGGCUCGCUCGCCGUCUCGCCCGUGCCGCUGCUGCUCCUCCUCGCCAUCACGUCGGGGUUUGGCGCGGGCGUGGCGAGGGGGCUGGAUGAGGGGGAUGAAUGA